AUGUUGACAAGAUCCGAAAUCAGCAAGCAUGCUUCCCGCGAGAGCUGCUGGGUCAUAAUAAAUGGCGUUUGUUACGAUCUUACAGCAUUCCUACAGUCUCACCCGGGUGGAGCGAAUAUUAUUUUGAAGUAUGCCGGCAAGGAUGCCACCAAGAUCUUUGAAAGCAUCCAUCCAAGAGACACGAUUCAGAAGUUCGUUAAGCCGGAACGUGUCUUAGGAUUGGUUACUGAACAGGUCGAAACUCCUGUGACGACAAUAGCCACACCCUCCUGCAAGCCAGCUGAAAACAGAAUGAAACUGCGCUCUAUCGUCAAUAUAAGUGACUUUGAGGAAGCUGCUCGUCAACGCUUGAGCCCCCAAGCUUUUGUUUUCUUCAAAGCCGGUGCCGACGACGAAAAUACUGUCCAAUGGAACAAAAAGAGCUGGCAAUCUAUCAGGUUUCGACCUCGCGUGCUACGACCAAUCAAAAACAUUAAUCUAUCAACCUCUUUGAUGGGUACCCCAGUUUCCCUGCCGUUUUUCAUCUGCCCAGCUGGUGGUGGUAAAAUGGCGCAUCCAGAGGGCGAAGUCCUACUGACAAAGGCCGCUGGCAAGCAUGGAGCUCUGCAAUGGGUUUGCAACAUGGCAGGAUGCACCAAGAAGGAAAUGUCUGAUAUACGAACUCCUGGUCAAGUAUUGUUCUGGCAGAUAUAUCCAAAGGCCGAUUUGACGAUAAGUGAACAAGAAGUGACGGAGGCUAUAAGCCUCGGUUACAAGGGGUUCGCUUUGACGGUGGAUGCUAUUCGGGCGUCAAAGCGAGAGCGAGAUAUCCGAUAUAGUCUUCAAGAAACUGAGAAGGAAAGUAUGGCCGAUGACGAUGAGGACGACACAAGCACAUCUGGCGGCAUCAGCGCACAAAGAGGGUCGGUGUGGUCGGAAUUUGACUGGGUCUCAGCUAUCAAGUGGCUGCGAAGCCUGACAGAUCUUCCCAUCGCCAUCAAAGGUAUACAAUGCUGGGAAGACGCUGUACUGUGCAUGCAUCAUGGAGUUCACCCAUGGCUGUCUAACCAUGGAGGGCGGCAACUUGAUGGGGCACCAUCGGCGCUUGACACUCUUCUGGACAUGCGUUUGCAUUGCCCUGAGGUUUUCCAAAAGUGCGAUGUCAUCAUCGAUGGAGGCAUUACGAGAGGCACGGAUAUCGUCAAGGCGCUUGCACUUGGUGUGAAGGCUGUUGGACUGGGACGUGCUUUUCUCUACUCUCUGGCUUUUGGUGAAGCUGGUGUCAACAAAGCCGUCCGAAUUCUGACGCACGAGGUUGAGACUACUAUGGCUCUACUUGGUGUUACUUCUAUUGAUCAGCUAAAUCCUUCUUAUCUGAAGAUUCGACAGGGAGAGUCGAUGCUGUAG